ACCUUGUAGAGUGGUGGGGACGGAGGCGAUAGCCUGCGUGACGCAACAUCCUGGGCGGGCUGAAGAGCGGUGGGCCGGCGUCCGGGGGCCCCAGUCAGUGCGAGCCGGCCGGCCAGCCACACCGGACUACAUACGAGCAGUGCGCGGAUAGCAGUGUGUGAUCCCCAUUCAACAUGACAACCUACUUUAACUACCCACCACCUGAACUGCAGCAGGAACUGCGUCAGAUUGCACAGGCCAUAGUGGCGCCUGGCAAAGGUAUCCUAGCUGCUGAUGAGUCCACUUCUACCAUAGGCAAGAGAUUUUCAGAAAUUGGUGUUGAGAACACUGAAGAAAACAGACGUCUUUAUAGGCAGCUGCUUUUCACAGCGGAUCCUUCUGUGGGUGAAAAUAUCUCUGGUGUCAUCCUUUUCCACGAAACCCUCUAUCAGAAGGCAGAUGAUGGAACUCCUUUUGUGGAGCUACUAAAGCAGCGCAACAUCAUUCCUGGCAUAAAGGUUGACAAGGGCGUUGUUCCAUUGUUCGGCUCCGAGGAUGAGUGCACCACUCAGGGACUCGACGACUUGGCACAGCGAUGUGCACAGUACAAGAAGGAUGGUUGCCAUUUUGCCAAAUGGCGCUGUGUGCUGAAGAUCAAGCGCAACACACCUUCAUACCAGGCUAUUCUGGAAAAUGCUAAUGUACUGGCUCGCUAUGCCUCCAUAUGCCAGUGCAACCGCAUUGUGCCAAUUGUGGAGCCAGAGGUGUUGCCUGAUGGUGAACAUGACCUGGAGCGAGCCCAGAAGGUAACUGAAACAGUCUUGGCUGCUGUAUACAAGGCACUUAACGACCAUCAUGUAUACCUGGAAGGUACUUUGCUAAAACCUAACAUGGUGACACCUGGCCAGUCAUGCCCUAAGAAGGCUGCACCAAUGGAAAUAGCGCAGGCAACAGUGACCGCCCUGAACCGUACCGUGCCCGCCGCCGUGGCAGGCAUCGUGUUUCUGUCUGGUGGACAGUCUGAGGAGGAGGCGUCAGUGAACCUUGAUGCCAUCAACAAAUUCCCAGGCAAGAAACCCUGGCCACUGACCUUCAGCUAUGGCAGAGCCCUGCAGGCUUCUGUUCUGCGUGCAUGGAGUGGGAAGUCUGAAAAUGUUGCUGCUGCUCAGGAAGAACUGAAGAAGAGGGCUAAGGCCAACGGCCUAGCUACCCAGGGAAAGUAUGUUGCUGGUUCCAUCAAGACAGUGGCCUCUUCUAAGAUCAACUUUGUUGCUACGCAUGCCUACUAAGUACCUCUGCUUGUUGCGUAAUGGCCAAUGGUGAUGCUGCACAAGGAGUUUAUGCUGGAGGUGUACAGGGAGCAGCUGCUGAUGUUGGUCUUUUCAUCAAGGAUCAUGCUUAUUAAUUUCCCAAAAGCAAAAAAUAAAAUAAGAACUAUGGGUAGACUAUAUGUGGGUCACAAAGGCCGUGCCGUGAACACCAUCUGGAAAAAAAAAUACAUAAA